UUUUCCGUAUUUAUUAGUCUAGAUGGCCACGACGUGAUAAAUAAUUUUGUUUUCAUCGAGCUCAUUUUAGCAUACUGCUAUCAUGUCCAUUCAUGGAAUGCAUUUUACAGAUAUGAUCACCAGCAUGUGACGUCAUAGAAGUCAAUGUAUCUCACGAUUUAAGACCCUUUGUUACGUCAUCAAAGUUUUGGUAUUUCAUAUAUAAAUUUCACAUAAACAGGUAAAGUCAGUUCUUUGCCAUACUAAGGUUGUACAACGUCUUACGUAUUCAGCGAAAGGACCAAGCGUUCAAGAUGAUUCUAUCUUCUGAAAUCGAAAUAUACGAGUUCGUAGAGGAAUUAGGCCAUGGGAUGUUCAGCGAUGUCGCGAGUUUCCGGCGAAAAAGCGACCGGAAAAUCGUGGCGGUGAAGCGAAUGUCCCGUGUACACUGUCUGAUGGGCAUCCGCGAAGCACGGCUACUCGCUGCUCUCACGGGCAAGAACGCGUGCAACCACCACAUUGUCCGCUUCUACGAAGGUUUUGCGGACCGUUAUUAUUUUUACAUUGUGGAAGAGGCAAUGGAAAUGAGCCUGACUGACUAUCAGAAGGCGAACGCGCUGAAAAGGUUCAGAGUCUGCGACAUCCGGACGGUUGUUCUGCAGGUGCUCGUAGCGCUGGCCAAACUGAAGGAGAUGGGCAUCGUUCACGCUGACAUCAAGCAGGAGAACAUCAUGCUGGUUAACCAGCGCUUUCAGCCCUUCAGAGUGAAGCUGGUUGACUUUGGCUCCUCCAUGACCGCCAACGAGCUGGCUGCAAUGUGGACGCCAUACAUUCAGCCCAGAUUUAUCAGAGCUCCCGAGGUCCUACUGGCCUGUCCGUGCACCGCGAAGAUCGACAUGUGGUCUCUGGGCUGCGUGAUGGGGGAAAUGGCCCUGGGUCGUAUGGUGUUCCCCUCGCUGUGUGACCUGGAGCUGGCCCACAGCAUCUUUGGCACCCGGGGGUUGCCCUCUCCCGCAAUGUUAAAAUCGGGCAUCAAGACGAAGAUGUUUUUCGACUGGGUGGAGACUGGUACGGGGGCACGUUUCUGGCUGCUGAAACCGUACAAAGGCAGGGAACUGCUCACAGGGACGCAGAGCUUGAGGAGGCACGCGCCAGCCAACCUGGACCUUCUGCAAGCCAUGGAACAGCUGGAACAUGGCUCAGCGGACUGCGACUACGCAGAGUUGGCUGACCGCAGGAGCCUGGUGGACCUGCUCGACCGGAUGCUGACUCUCGAGCCAGAGCAGAGGGUCUGCCCCGACCAGGCCCUGCAGCACCCUUUCCUGACCCUGAAGCACCUCAGCGGGCGCGGAAAGUACCGCGCGUUCUACGCGCUGCAGGCGUACAGGGAGGCGGGCGUGUGUCCGCCCCAGGAGCGCUCAUCGAAUCACGAGGACUCCUCUGAGGAGAGCGACCCUGAGGUCCCAAGGAGGAAGAGGCGCUCCGUGGGACGUUUGCUGCGCUCGUUUUUCUCGCGCCUGUUCUCACGCCGGCGCAAGAAGCAGCCUACGACCUCUCAGGGCAACGAAGACGCCCUGGAGGGUCCCUCGAGCUCUGCCGCCCCCGGAGGCCAGCCGGCCCAUAACCCCGUGACGACGGAGGAGGGAUGCACUGAGACUGCAGGCAGCAGUUCAGCCCCAGAGGAGUCAGAGGAGUGCGCUGGGAGCAGCGGCAGCCCUCUGGACGCCCCCGAGGAGCCCCCCAAAAAGAGAGGCUUCCUGAGGUGGCUGCGGACCCGCUUCUCUACACGCCGGGGCAAGAAGUCCGACGCCGCUCCGGGCAGCAGCAGCAGCAGCCAGUAGGGUUCCGGGGAGGCGGACGGCGCGGGAAACGCCAGGAGAUGGAAGUCAUGGGUGAUGGUAAGGAAGCUAGGAUGGCCCAGGCCUUCAGUAAGAAAUAUGGUAAGAAGGAUUGGCAAGUAAGUCCUUUUUCUGCAUCCAAGCAUCUGUCCACACAUCUGCUGUUUGUCGUUGGUUAGUAUUAUCGGUGUUCAUGUGCGUGUGGGAGUGGGAUUCUAGAUGAGACAGAAAAUAAUUAUUUAUUUAUGAAACACUAUAAUUCAAGCAAUUUUGCAGCAGCCUUUUACAGGGAUGGCCAACAGCCACGGGCCAUAUUCAGGAAAACUUGAGUUGUGAUCUGGGAUCUGUUUUCCCUGGUCCAUAGCCUAACCUCAUCCAUUGAUGCGGGUAAGAGGUAAAUAGGCUAAAACGUAUUUCAGACUUGGCUGCUGUAAUGAAUAUGUGCUUGGGAGUUUUUCCAGCAGGGUUACCACGGCACGGAUCCACAGUCCAGAGGGGUAGAGAAGGAGACACUCCACUGAGCAUGGGCAGAAGGUGGCUGCGGAUAUACUGCCCCCUCUUUGGUGGUUGCCGUGGCAGUAAGAAGUCGGUCCCCACUCCAGGAUAGCGAUGACUGACUGUAGGGGUUCUGGAAAAGGACAGCGCAAAAAAAGACGACAAGAUGGAGAAAGUGAAUCCAUUUAUGAAGAUGGAUAAUAUCCAGCCACGGUCCAUAUUCAGAAAACAUCUCAGUAGGAGUGGUGAUCUAGAGCAUGAAUAUGGGCCUAGGAGACGGGCUACCAGGAGGCUGGGAUCCACUAACAGCCCAGUCUAGAGGGGUAGACCAGGUCAACUUAAGAGACGAGGAGACACUCAUGCCCACCCAGACCCCUCGGUGUCAAACACCCCAAACCUCGUCCUCUGUCACAGUGUGCAUGGAGCUGCAACUCCGCCACCAGGAACGCAGUCGGACUGCACCUCCCUGUACUCCCUCCAGGUCCUCGCUGUACAGAGAAUCUUUGUGACGCUGUGUAUAAAAAGACGAGCUAUACAAAUAAAAUGAAUGUCAAAGUCUUUGAGUUAUAAUUUGAAAAAGAAAAUAAAUGCGUAACAUGGUAUACUGUGGCACUCUUUCAGUGAGUCAUUUUUUUCCAGGUUAGAUCAGCCAGUUAGUUUCUUCCUGGCCAAAGGUGAUGUAU